UUCUUUGUUUCCUAGACAUGAUAUUAUUCCUGUUGUUGUUCCUGGCUUCUGUAUUGCCCCCAUCACUUCUUCUUCAAGAUGACAAUGAGAAUAUGAAUAUUGAGGAUUUGUCAACCACUAGAGUGUCAGUUCAAGAAGAGAUUGUAAACAAGCACAACCAACUGAGAAGACUGGUUUCUCCACCUGGUAGUGACUUACUAAAGAUGCAAUGGAGCAACAAUGCCCGAGUGAAUGCACAGAGAUGGGCAAACCAAUGCACUUAUGUACACAGUCCUCCAGAAGCCAGGACCACCAACAUAAUAUGUGGUGAGAAUAUCUUCCUGGCAAGUUACCCAGCACCAUGGUCUCGUGCAAUCCAAAGCUGGUACGAUGAAGCCAAAGAUUUCAGGUUUGGUUCAGGCCCAAAUCCACCUAAUGCAUUAGUUGGACAUUAUACUCAGGUUGUUUGGAAUUCGUCUAACCAAAUUGCAUGUGGAGUUGCUAAGUGCUCUGGGGAUUUAUUGCAAUUCAUAUAUGUUUGUCACUAUUGUCCUCCUGGUAAUAUUGUAAGAAGGCAAUACGUCCCCUACACAAUAGGACAACCAUGUGCCCUUUGUUCUGAUCACUGUGAUGAUGGACUAUGCAGUAAUAAAUGUGAAUACGAAUUCUAA